AUGAACGCCGACACACUCGACGGGUCGUCCUUUGACGACCCCCACAGUACAUCGACACAGACGCAGUUUGUCAACCCACAAAAUGGUGGCGCUGUUGCAUCCGCCGCCGCCGAUGUGGCCGCCAAAAACCUCGAACCGGACACGUGCCGCAUCUGCCGCAGCGAGGCCUCUGCACAAGAACCUCUCUUCUACCCGUGCAAAUGCAGCGGCAGUAUAAAAUACGUCCACCAGGACUGCCUCAUGGAAUGGCUGUCGCACUCGCAAAAGAAGCACUGCGAACUCUGCAAAACGUCUUUCCGCUUCACCAAGCUGUACUCGCCGGCGAUGCCGAAACAGCUGCCCGUCCUCGUCUUUGCCCGCCACCUCGCCAAGUACUUCUUGCGCAACAUCCUCGUGUGGUUGCGCGUCGUUCUGGUCUUCUUCGUGUGGAUGGUGCUUCUGCCCGCCCUGACGCGAUGGGAGUGGUCCUUUUUCUUCUGGGUCAGCGAGGAAGGCCUGGUAGCCGCACCACCGAGAACACUGGACGGCAUCGACGCCAACGCCACCUCGGCUGCGGCGGCGGCUUCGUCCGUUGCCCUGGCCACGGCCGCAGCCACAUCCGCUGCUGCACAUGUCGGCCGCGACCUCGUGAACGGAUCGAUGGCCGCGGCGCGGGCGCCGGUCGCCGACAUCUACGGCGUUCUCGACGGCAACCAGACGACUCCGUUCUCGAUCCUGUCGCUUGCCUUCCGCGUCAUCAUGGAGUCCAUCCGCGCGCCCGCGAUCGUGUCCAUGCUGACCGCAGACAACGGCACCGAGGACGACUACUUUGCCAACACAGGCCCGCCGACCUUGCUCAGCGACGUCGCGUUUCUGCGCAAGCUGACCCGGUUCCGGUGGCUGAACAGGUGGAUUAUUUACGCCCUCGAGGGUCAGUUCAUCACCUUUCUGGUCAUCAUCUGCUUUAUCCUGAUAAUAUUGGUUCGGGAUUACGUGUUGCAGCAGCAGCCAGAAAUCAACAUGCGUGCAGCGUUCAACGCCGCCGACGAUGACGGCAUGGGCGGUGACGAGAAUGUUGCCGGCGUUCCCGGUGUACCCAAUGCUGGUCAGCCGCAAGAUGCGCCGCGCCCGGCAAGAGGAGCCCGUGCCCGCCACCACCACCACCACCAUCACCAUCGCCAUAAUCACCAUAAUCAGCAUGACCACGACCAUGAUCAUGGCCAUGACCACGACCAUGACCACGACCAUGGCAACCAUCGUGAUAUGAACGAUGCCGGGUUCGAUAGUCUGGAAUCCGACUCGGAGUGGGAAACCGACUCCAACGCAGAGAUAGAAAUUGACGCUGCCGAACUUCUGAGGCCGCUGGUCCAAGGCCCGGAACGCAACGGUCUGGACCUUGGCGCGAUUUUCGACGACGAUUUCCGGCAUGGCCCGCCUGUGCCCGACACAGAUGUGCUAGCAAAUCGCGAUGAGCCCGGCGAGUCGUCUUCCUCUGCAAACGCCCAUACGAGCGCAAAUGCGAAUGCUAUGUCAAGCACAGCCAGCAACAGCAACAGCAACAGCAACAGCAACAGCAACAGCAACAGCAACAGCAACAGCAACAGCAACAGCAACAGAAACAGCAACAGCAACAGCAACAGCAACAGCAACAGCAACAGCAACAGCAACAGCAAAAACAAAAGCAAAAGCAACAGCGCCGCUGCUCUGCCCAACUUCGACCGCAACUUUCCCCUACCCAGUGAAGGAGGCGCGACCGUCCAUGAGUACAUGCAAAUUUACCGUCGCGCGGGUGGCGACCAGCAGAGGAUCCUAGAGAUUGCUCGUGAAGAGGGUCUCGAGGAGCACCUGCAGUACUGGCUGCGCGUGAUGCAAAACGUCGCAGAUCGUCGGCAGUCCGACCGUGGCAGCACCGCCAGCACCAUAAGCACAACGGCGGCGGCCGACGAAGAUACGAGACGCGUCGGCGAGGCCAGCCGGCACCGGGACGGCCAACCUGCCAACGGUGAAGCAUCCAAUAGCAGUCCCGUCACCGAGUUCGAGUACGGCCUGCGGCCGCGGGCCAAUACGGACGGUCCCAGUGGCCCCCCGCGGACCAAUCCUCUAGGGAACAACAACUGGUCCUUUGGGCCUGUGCCGCCCACGCAGCACUUUACGCCUGAAUUCAUCCAGCCCCUCUACGGAGACUCCGCCGAACGGCUAGAUGGUGUACCCAUACGCGGCGAUGCUCCAUCGCAUCAAAGGGUGACGGAACCGAAAGAAGGCGACCUACGAUUGGAAGGUGAACAGAGACGCAGGUCUGUGUCUUCGGCUGCGAGCUCACGGCGCAAUAGCAAUGCCAGUUCCAGCGGCAGAAACGGCACAAUGGCAAACAUUCCCCAAGACGCAGCCACCAGCUCGGCAUCUGCACAGCACGCCCACGAUUCGUCGUCCACAGGUGUGUCAGCCGCCAUUGCCAGCCCCACUAGCACAGAUUCGGGUCGGCGGAACGAACCUGACGCCCCUCUUCGUCAAACCGGCCACUGGGAAGAACUUGUCCGCAUUCCUAAUCGCGACAACGUCGACGAGGGCGAUGCCACCGACUUUGAGGACAUGCCCGCCGCUGGUUUGCGCCGUGCUGACAGUAACGGUGCACCGCGCGAACAAGCUCCCGCUGCUGCCGGACCGGUCGCCGGCCCUGCUGCCCUUCCUUUUGAUGCUGCAGCUCCUGAUGCUGCACUCGCCGCUCCUGCGACUGUUCCCGCCGCUCCCGCCGCUCCGGCGGCCACCGCAGACUCGGCCGGACCCCCAGCCAGUCUUGUGGACGGAGUAAUGAACUUCAUGUGGCGUGAUCUCGAAAAUAUCGACCCGGCUGACCUGCCGCCGAUCGUGCCUGAUGUUGAUGAAGACGAUCAUGUGGAGCUUUUCAACGACAAUGAAGAGGACGGCCCCCUACCCCUGGAUGAGCAGGAUCGCGAAGCGUUCGAGGCAGCAGCCGCCGCUGCGGCGGCGGCGAACAUGGAAGCCGAGGCCAUCGAAGACGCCGAGGACCUCGAGGGUGUCAUGGAGCUCCUUGGCAUGCGCGGCCCCAUUGCAGGCCUGUUCCAGAACGUCAUCUUCUGCGGAUUCCUCGUCUCAGUCAGCCUUCUGGUCGGUAUCUUCAUGCCCUAUAACGUCGGUCGCCUGAGUAUCUGGCUGGUUGCCAACCCCAUGCGGCCCAUCAUGAUGCUGUUCAGUUUGUCCAAGCUGCUCCAGGACAUUGCGGCGUCCGCCCUCGGCGGUGCGGCCUACCUCACGCUCCUUGUCCUUAACAACGCGGCGUCCGCCGCCGAACUCGUUUCCGGUCGCACGGUGCCCUAUUCCAAGUACAUUCUGGCGUCCCUGGCUACCACAUGGGACCUCUGUGCAACGUCGGCGGCGCGCGUUGUCGAGAAUUUUAGCAUUGACCCGCCGUUCCUGUCGACGGGUGAGAUUCGCAAUUUCUCUGCCAUCAGCCACGACGCACUUAUCGGAAUCAAAGCCAACGUCGGUGCGGUGGCUACCGGCAUUGGGCGCGCCAUUGUCAUGGUCACAAACGGCGAAUUCCUCUCCCAUGGCGCCGAGGCACUCGAAUUUGCCAAAAGCGGCGGUGCUGCGGCCUGGGAGCUGCUGCGGUCCCUGCCCGCGGUGCUGUCGAACCCCGGGUCGUGGGUCAUUACGCUCGACUCGAUGGACACGGUCCAGGUCAACCCAGUGCUUGCGUUCUGGGGCGGCGUCGACCGUGGUCUGGCGAUUCUGUUCGGAUACGCGACGAUGUGCCUCGUGGCCGGCCUCUACCUGCACCGUGGCUCGCCGUUCAGCAGCGGUGCAGCCGUGCAAGAGUGGGAGGCGUCGCUGAUUGACGGCCUCAACCAAGCGAGCGGUGUUCUGAAAGUGAUCCUGAUCAUCGGCAUCGAAAUGCUCGUGUUCCCGCUCUACUGCGGCCUGCUGCUGGACGUGGCCCUGCUCCCGCUCUUUGAGAACACGACACUCGUCUCGCGGCUGCAAUUCAGCAUCGACUAUCCGCUGACGGCCAUCUUCGUGCAUUGGUUCGUGGGCACCGGGUACAUGUUCCACUUUGCCCUAUUUGUGUCCAUGUGCCGGAAGAUUAUGCGCAAGGGUGUAUUGUACUUUAUUCGCGACCCCGACGACCCCGAAUUCCAUCCCGUGCGCGACGUGCUUGAACGCACCGUAGCGACGCAGCUCCUCAAGAUUCUGCUGUCUGCAUUCGUCUACGGCGCGCUUGUCAUUAUCUGUCUCGGCGGCGUCGUCUGGGGCCUGGCCUAUGCCGGUCCCGGCAUCCUUCCGAUUCACUACUCGUCCAACGAGCCGGUCCUCGAGUUCCCCAUCGACCUGCUCUUUUACAAUUUCUUGAUGCCGCUGGCGAUCAAGUUCUUCCGGCCCAGCGACGGCCUGCACAGCAUGUACACCUGGUGGUUCCGCAAAUCUGCGCGCGGCCUGCGCAUCACCUGGUUCCUCUUUGGCGAGCGCCGCAUCGACGAGGAAGGCUCCCUCUACCUCGCGUCUGAGUCGCCCCACCAGAAGUCGCCGUGGCUGGUGCGGCAGCUGCUCGAGUACGACGAGUCCAAGAACACGGUCGUGCCCAUGGCGACGAUGAGUGCCAAACCGUCCAAGGGUGUCUAUGAGGACGGGGAAAAUGAUAGGACCAGCAGCAAUCCGAACAGACCUCCACGAGCCAAGCCAGUUCGCCGCCGCAACCCGGACAAGGACAGCAUGAGAUUCCUCGCCGACAAGAAACUGAAGCUUGUUGCCUCGGGUCAGCUCGUGCCGAACGGGAAGUUUGUGCGUGCGCCGGCGUCCGAUCAGGUUAAGAUCCCUAAGAACAAGGACGUGUUUCUGGAUGCGAGCAACGAAGCCUCCCUAUCGAACGAGCUUGGCGAACCGGCCAGGAAGGACCCGUUCCGCGGACCAGACAGGCGGAGUCGCGCUUCCGAUGCCGACGACAGCAGACCCGAACAGCGCCCGGCGGACAUCUAUCACAGCAAGCAGUACGAGCUCGUGUACAUCCCGCCGUUCUUCCGUGUGCGCAUCUUCUUGUUCAUUGCCUCGAUCUGGAUGUUUGCGGCCGUGACGGGUGUCUCGUGCACCAUCAUCCCUCUCCUCUUUGGACGGCGCCUCUUCCGCCUCCUGCUCCCUGCGGACGUGCGCACCAACGACAUUUACGCGUUUAGCAUCGGCAUGUAUGUGCUGGGAUCGGCCUCGUACUUUGUGUUCCACGCGCGGCCUAUCUUCAAAAAAAUGUGGGCGGCAACACGACGCACGAUGUCGACGGCAUCGGUGCGUAGCGCCGCGCAGACGACGUGGCGCGGCGUGACACGCGUCUUGAGCCUGAUGUACGCCUACGUCUUCAUCCUCGUCGUGUUCCCGCUGCUCGCCACCGCCCUCGUCGAGCUGUACCUGCUGAUUCCGCUGCACACAUACAUGCACCCUCCUGGCUCGUCGUCAAUCAGUGCCGCGUCACCCUCCGACGGGACCGAAUCGCGCCACAAUGUCCGCAUCAUCCAGUCGUGGACGCUGGGCCUGCUCUACCUCAAGGUUAGCGCGCGCAUGAUAACGACAUGGUACCCCGGAGCUCGGCUGACGUCGGCAAUCCGCGCGGUGCUGCGCCGCGGCAACCUGGACCCGGACGUGCGUCUGCUGACGCGCGCCUUUGUGGUGCCCGGGCUCGUGCUCGGGGCCACUACCAUUGGCCUGCCACUGCUGCUCGCCAAGGGCUACGUAGCCGCGUCGGCGUCGCUCGACAUUGACGGCCUGUCUGCGCCCGCCGCCCUGCAGUUCGUCUUGCCGGUCACGGUGCCGGAGCCGGCGGUGGCGGACAUGCGGCUGGUGUACCGGCUGGCCUUCCCCUUUGUGGCGCUGGUGGGUCUGGCCGCGUGGUCGCUCUGGGGCAUGGUCGGCGUGUAUGCGUCGUGGAAGCUGCGGAUCCGGGACGAGGCGUACCUGAUUGGCGAGCGGCUGCACAACUUUGGAGCGACGAACGGUGCACAGGCACCCACUCGCCGUGUCGGUGUCGGUCGGGCCGCCGCUGCCCGUGCGUAA